AUGGACGCCCGAGUUCGGCGCCGACAAGGACAGUUUCAGGCCAGAAUGCAAGACAAAAAGAAGAAGUUCGCGCCGACAUUGCCGUCAAGGACAGUUUCAGGCCAGAAUGGACGCUCUGAGUUCAGGACGCCCGAGUUCGGCGCCGACAUUGUUGUCAGGACAGAGGCCAGAAUGCAAGGCGACAGUUUCAGGACCAGAAUGCGAAGACAAAGAAGAAUGCAAGACAAAGCUCUAGCGUCAUCAGGACGCCCGAGUUCGGCGCCGACAUUGCCGAAGUUGUCAAAGGGCAGUUUCAGGCCAGAAUGCAAGACACAGUUCGGCGCCGACAUUGCCGAAGUUGUCAAGGACAGUUUCAGGCCAGAAUGCAAGACAAAGAAGAAGCGCUCUAGCGUCAUCAGGACGCCCGAGUUCGGCGCCGACAUUGCCGAAGUUGUCAAGGACAGUUUCAGGCCAGAAUGCAAGACAAAGAAGAAGCGGCGUCAGUUUUGUCAGGACAGUUUCAGGCCAGAAUGCAAGACAAAGAAGAAGCGCUCUAGCGUCAUCAGGACGUCAGUUCGGCGCCGACAUUGCCGAAGUUGUCAAGGAGUUCGGCCAGAAUGCAAGACAUUGAAGAAGCUCUUCAUCAGGACGGAGUUCGGCGCCGAAUUGCCGAAGUUUUCAAGGAGAAUCCCAGCAAAAGCGUGA